CCAAUGGGAAACGUCAGUUUUAUUAAGGAUUUUGUUAUUGCUGGGUUUCCUGGACUUCAGCCUCGAUAUUAUGGCAUUGUGUCAGCAGUCCUGUUCUUUGUUUAUAUGUGCACAAUGGUGGUAAAUGCUGUUUUUUUGACGUUAUUUGUAAUAUCUAAAAGCCUUCAGAAACCUGUAUAUUAUUGUAUUCUAAAUCUGGCUGUGUGUGAUGUACUCUUCAGCAACACUGCAUUACCCAAAAUAAUCAGCAGAUAUUGGUUUCAAGAUGGAACUAUUUCAUUUCUAGGUUGCUUUCUUCAGAUGUUUUUUGUGCAUUUCUUUGGCUCAGUCACUGCACUUCUGUUGGCAGUCAUGGCCAUAGAUCGCUAUGCAGCCAUUUGUUUACCACUUCGAUAUCACAGCAUCAUGACAAACAGAAAUGUUUUCAUUCUGAUCUUUUGCUCUUGGAUUUUGGGUCUGCUCGGCCCCUUGAUGAUGAUCAUACGAGCAUAUCCUCUCCCAUACUGUGCAGGUAACACCAUUGUACAUUGUUACUGUGACCACAUAGCCAUAACAACACUGGCCUGCACUAACAGAGAAAAGUAUAGUUAUCCUGCUUUCAUUCAGGCCAUGGUAGUGCUGCUGGGUUCACUUGCUAUAAUUGUUUUCUCUUACUGUGCCAUUAUUGUGGCCGUUUUGCGUAUAUCGAGCAUCCAAGGAAGACUCAAGUCUUUCUCCACCUGCAGUCCUCAGCUCAUUAUAAUUGCUCUGUUUUUCCUGCCCAGGUGUUUUAAUUAUUUAGCAAACAAUAUCAACAUAAAGUUCAGUACUGAUUUGCGAUUGGUCAUUAUUAUGCUGUAUAGUCUGUUGCCUCCCAUGAUUAAUCCUAUUAUUUACUGUUUGAGAACAGAAGAGGUGAAGAAUGUCUUAGUGCAACAAUUGCAAAGGAAAAGAGUGGGCAUUAAUUCAAGGCUGCCAUGA